UGUCCCUGUCGUUGCGACAGAGACGGAGGUUUUGAACGACAUGACUGAAGAAAAUAAUACGGCAGCAACAGUUACCUACCAAACGGAGCACAGCAACAUCACUGUUCCAACCACACUUGGACACGAAGAUGAGGAUAUUCAUAAAUGUGGCAGAUGUCUGGAGGAGUUCUCUGCUCUUGAUGCUUUUGUCCAACAUAAACUCAGCAGGAGCUGCAAGCGUCCUACUCCAGACCAUCAGACAAAUAUUGAUCAUGAUGAAGUUGUUUCUACUGAGGUGACACUAAGUGAAAAUGGGUGCUCAUCCCAUGAGACAGGGGCAUCCAACACAGGUAAAAAGAGAGGCCGUUCGGCAAGAGAGGAUGGGAGCGCCAAACUGGUUUUAAAGUUAAACAAAGAGGGACGAUACAUCUGUGACAUGUGUGAUAAGACUUUUAAAACGACUAAUAUCCUGAGAACGCACGUGUUUACGCACACCGAUCAGAAGGACUUUAAGUGUGAAAUAUGUGAGACUGCGUUCAGGACCAAGGGUUCAUUGAUCCGCCACAAACGUCGACACACAGAUGAGCGUCCAUACCGCUGUAAUCAGUGUGGGUUGGCGUUCAGAGAGUCCGGAGCUCUAACGAGACAUCAGAAGUCUCUCACACCUUGUACCGAGAAGAUUCGUUUCAGCCAAUGUAAAGAGAUACUUGUCAGCAAAGAUGGAGUUCGUAAAGUUCAGCAGGUUCCUCCUGACCCAGAGAAGAAGCAGCUUCCUGUGUUGAGUGUGGUGGAAGCUGGCCAGGAGAUCAUCCAGAUUCAGGUUGUAGACGAUACAGGACAAGUGCAACAGAUUGUGUCUCAGCCUCAGACUGCAACUGUGGUUGGCGCAGACAAUCUAAUCUGCCAGGCCAUUAUCAACUCUGGCAUAAUACUGGAAACAGAAACCACAGAGGUGGCCAAUCAGGCAGAGGCUCAGUCACCUAUAGAAGCCCUGGAGACUCCUGAUGCUGUGGCUAAACUCACAGAGAUCCAUGUGACAGAAGAGUGUGUGGAGACAGUAGCCGAGGAGACACUGGAUUCCUCCAUAAAGGAAGGAGAACCUUCUGAAUCGAAAUCACACAAAUGCCCUCACUGUGAGUGCAUGUUCAAGACAUUGGCAUACCUGCGAGUUCAUGUGAAAGGGCAUGUUGGUUACAAGCCAUUCAAAUGCUUAAUAUGUCAGAAGGAGUUCCUGACAGGCUACGUUCUAAAAAAACACAUGGAGACGCACGUUAGUGAGCGGCGCUACAAAUGUGGAGAAUGUGGCAAACUGUUUAAAGCCAUUGGACAUGUGCGGGAACACAUAAGAGCUCAUUCAGAUGAACGGCCAUAUCACUGCAACUUCUGCAACAAGAGCUACAAGACCAAGAAUGCUCUGCAGGUGCACCAUCGUACUCAUGCGGAUGAAAAGCCGCACGUGUGUCCGCACUGCUCCCAUGGGUUCCGGGAAAAGAGUUCUUUGGUGCGGCACAUUCGACAUCAUACGGGAGAAAAACCCUUCAAGUGCUCGAAAUGUGGGCGGGGCUUUGCUGAACAUGGAACGCUUAACCGUCACAUACGAGCUAAAGGAGGCUGUUUUGCUGUGCAGCAGAAGGACUCUGAACACACAGGGAGCUCUGAGGAGCAGGAGGUGACCACAGAAAGCAUCUCCACCACCACAGUAUCAGAGGAUCCUCACGCUGUCCUGGUGGCAUUCUCCUCAGUAGUGGCCGACACUCAGGAAUACAUCAUAGGGGCUCCAUCUGAGGAAGCAACUCAUGAGGAGGCCGUAGCAAUAAUCCAAGACAAUCAGCAGCCGUUGGACAGCAACAUCAUGAAGGUGGUGCAACAGAUCAUGAGCCAAUCACAUGGAGGCCACCAGAUCAUCGUGCGUAACGUGUCCCCCGACGAAACCCCCGGCAUAUCCGACUGCGGAGACACCAUCACCAUAGCCACACCGGAGAGCUUGACUGAACAGGUGGCCAUGACCCUGGCUAAUGCCAUCAGUGAAGGCACCAUUCUUACCACUACCGCAGAGGGCACUGAUGAGACUCCGCAGACCACAGUUACCAUCGUAGCGAGCGAGAACAUUGAGACAAUUGAACAGGAGGAGCAAUACAUCAUUGCUUUGCCGGAUGAAAUGGAAAUUCAGACUGAGGUAGUGGUCUAAGAUGGCAUACAACUAAAAGGUUUUAUUUUUUUGGUAGGUCAACAGCCAGGGUGAAGCAUUUCAGUUCUUUUGAGGCCUUAUUCUUCAUAGUGCUACACAUAUUUUGGACUUCAAACAAGCAAGUGGAAGCCCAUUUGUCUUGUAAAUUGUGCUUGGGGAAAAUGUCAGUAUUAAUAAGGUUGUCUUUGGGUUUUAAAUGGGCUACAUGUUUUUCUAAAUAAGCAUAUUGUAGUUUGCAACAGAUAGUAAAACCUAAUUAAUGUGUUUGUUCUAUUGAUAUAUUUUCAGUCAUUAUAUAUAAACUUCUGUGUACAACUGAACUGUCAUUUUAAUGACUCUCCCAUAACAAAUUCCUGUCAGGUUGAUUUGCAUAUACUUAUACACCGAUCAGCCACAACAUUAAAACCACCUGCCUAAUAUUGUGUAGGUCCCCAUCGUGCCGCCAAAACAGUGCCAAAUUGCAUUCAGAGAUGAUAUUCUUCUCACAAUUGUACAGAGUGGUUAUCUGAGUUACCGUAGACAUUAUCAAUUCGAACCAGU